AUCAACAACAACAUGAGUGACGCCAGGACACAAUGAACUUUCGAUUUGACCACCAUUCUGCUGAAUUUGCCUUUGGAAGAUUUGACAUCGGGCACUUCCGAUUCCGGCAGGCAGGAUGAAGAUGUUGACAUCAUUGAAGAUGUCUCCUGUCAAGGAUUAAAAAUAAGGCAAAAGGAAGAUUCACUAUCUGUUCUCUGAUGGAAAAGAAAUGGCAGAAGAAUAUGAUUUGAAAACAGAUGAACUUAUUGUUCGGAAAUGGAGACAUAAGAGUGCGCUCGGGUCGCAAGGUCAAUGGCAGGUGGAAGUUGGAGAUCCUGGUCCGAGCUUGCAGGCUUCUCCAGAAGAGGAGAUCAUAAAGGAGAACUCUUCCAACCCUGUGUUUACCCGUAAAGACACAAAGAACAGUUUUCAAUGGAGAAUCCGGAACCUUCCAUACCCUAAGGAUGUUUUCAGUGUGACAGCAUCAUCAUCAGAGAGAUGCAUCAUCAUCAGAACCUCAAAUAAAAAGUAUUACAAAAAGUUCUCCAUUCCUGAUUUGGAUCGGAAUCAGCUGCCAUUGGAAAGUUCGUCCUUAAACUUCAGUCACGCCAACAACACGUUGAUUGUCAGUUACAAGAAGCCCAAAGAGAUCUUGGGUCUGGAGCAGGAGCUGCUGCGGGAGAUCAAGAAACUGAAGGGGACCGGUGAGGGGGAUGUCGACUGCAAAACUCAGUGAAAUCGAAUAAUGAUGUUCUAGGAAAACCAAUAAAACAAAACAACAGUUUUUUUUUCCAUCAGCUGAAUGAAAAAUAGAGCUUGUUGCUUGUUGUUCACGUGACCCCAGGAAACAUGCCAGGAACUAAAGAAACACUUCAACAGCUAGUAUUUCAAAUUUCGCCACAUGAUCCAUGGAAAACUCGAACCAGCAGCUCUUCUGCUUAGACAAUAUAUUACCGUCUUAUUUCCUGAUGGAGUCCGAUGGGGAAAUUUAUUAUAAUUCUGAGACCAUGUGCUUGACUGUGUAUGUUGAAAUAAAGUAAUUGUGUAUUCAUAAUGACACUGAUUAAGUGAUCUUCUUUGACCGCUUCAGUGUCUUGGUUUAGAUUCAAACAUCGGGGAGGAAUACAGAUCAUCACAACGAAUGAAUCUGCAAAUGAAUCUAUAAAGUAGUCAUUUAUACUCCACUCUUCUAAUCUUCACUCUCAUACAUAAAAAGGGAGGUUUGAACAGUAAGUUCAGUGUCUUACAAGCAUCAAAUGGUCAGCCAUGCUUUCAUUUAUUUAUUACUAAUCUUCUGUUUUACCUCGAAACUUUAUUAAAGGCUUGCCGGUAACUGAUUUAACAAGACUAUUUUUCUUCUCUCACAUGUUGUGUCUCUCUCUAGGCUGCAGUUUUGACGGGGGUCAUAUAAACUGCCCACCCUCCUUUCACUGAUGGCCUUGUAAAACACUCAAAACACGCAAUGGCCUGCCCCUGUUCGUUCCAGGGUCACAGUUACCAGAACAUCCUAUUCGUGUUAAACUGAAUACCUUCAUGUUCUUUGCAUGUAGCAGGGCCACCCUGAAAGCUGCUAACUGGCAUUCUGUUCCAAUGUAAUGGACAAAGGUCUAAAAAAUAAAAAAAUAAAAAAGUACAUAUAGGUUAGAAGAUUAUGUGACCUCAGUUUAUUCUGCUGAAACUUUAAUAUUUUCUGGCAUUCAUGUGAAUAAUACAACAAGAUGCGCAUUAUCUGAUUAUCUGAAAGACACAAGGUCUGAAAUAACCAUAAUUCUAAAAUACAAAACCUUUUAAA